UUCAAAAACCGUUAAGUAGCUUAAGAAAGUUAUUGAACGAAUAGUUACGAGUAAAUUGCAUUUCUAAAUGUGUAGCUUUAGAGUGUUCUUUCAUUAUUUGAGAUAACCAGCAGAUCCCCCCAUUCCGGGGACGCAUACUUAUUGUGCAUCCAGUCAGUUUCAUAAAGCUACACAAUGAAAGCAGCAUGCUAAAAAUAUUAAAUACGGUACCUUAAGCGAGAGGUAUAUCCCAUGAAGGCUUUAAACCCCUUGAAUCUAAAGAACUAUUCCACCAUAUUACUACUGGCUGUUUAUAUCGUUGUCCUAUCGCUGUGUUGGGGAUGCUGGAAACUUAGAGGGUCGCGUGCUCUGCUAAUGGGAACCAGCGGAGCCUCGCAAGCAGCCUGGUACCGCCUCCCCCCCAGCCCCCAGUACGAGCUCCCCGUUUGCAAUUACCCGCAAUUGAGCCGGUCUGGUGAGCGAUCGCGAGCCUUUAAGGAGUGUUGGUGUGCGGAUUUUGUAUGCAUGCACCGUGUCCACUGCAUUGUGGGAGAAGCUAUUGCCAAGAAAGAGGAGCUCUAGCGUUCCAGAUUGCAGGCAUAUUAUAGGAUAAAAUACGUGAUACUUAAAAAAGCUCAUAAUGCUUGCAUCUGGGCCGAAAACGAAAGCCAUGCGGCGAGAUAAUAAAAGCAGUCGUCAUCGCCAUUAAUCUUACUCAAUAUUAAAAUACAAGGAUUAGAAGAAAAAGAAAAAAAUCUGGAUAACUGCAGCCCUGUGGUGGGGAUGGAAGCGGCGCUAUUGAAGCCGCAGAUGAUGGCGGAUGUGAAUUGCAACACAUCUGUGAGCGCAGAGAUGGAGGUGAAAAAACUGCAGGAGCUGGUAAGAAAACUAGAAAAACAGAAUGAACAACUGAGGAAUCGGGCGAGUGCUGUAAGCAACUGCACCGUCAGCCCACACCUGCUGCUACAACAACAAUCCCAAUCAGCCUCCUGUUUGAUGCAGUUUGCUAGCUCCCCCACAGUAGUUUCCCCCUCUUCCUUCCCUGGUUCCAUGUGUAUGCCGAGUCCGGCUGCAUCGCUUCUCUGCCCAACUGCACUUGGUGCAUACAGAUUACCAGACUUGUCCCCUUACUAUCGAUCACCCGUAGCCACAACGGGUGACCCGCGGCACUGUCCCUCUGGUGCUAGUGUACCUGGCUCCUUCUCCACUAUAUGGGACGAAGUGGACGUUUUGGACCUUGACAGCUUUUAUUACGGUGCCAGUGAGAGGGACGAUGAUAUAUGGUAUGUAUCUUUUAUCAUUAAAUAUGAAGUUUGA